AUGCUAUUCAAACCUCAAUUUGUCAACCACUCCUGUCGUCGCUGCGGUCUCCGCCUCGCCAUCGCUACAGGCGGCGUAGGCGAGUGCCAAUACACGAUACCAGUGGACGUUGACGACGAUAAUUUCGUCCCGGCGCCCGACGAUUGGCGUCCUGAUCUCGCCCGGCUGCCUAGUGGUAUGCGCGUCGCUAGGUCGCCGUUAGGACCGCGCCCCGAGAUAUCCGAGCACGAGAUGAAAGUCUGUAAUAAACGUUUCGUAAAUAGCCAUGCGCGCACGCGGCUGACGCUCCUUGCCUCCGAAUCGUCAGGCCACCCCAUUCGUUGCGUGCUGGAGGAAAGUGACCGUGGGGCUGGUCAUCAGCCUUCUUCAGGCAGGCAAUGCGAUGCGGAGGUGCUCUAUGAAAUCCAUGCCAGCGGCGUCGACGCCUUGAGGUCAAACAACGCCCCAGAUGCCUGCAUCAAGGUCAUGAUGCGGCCGCCACCGCAGGAAGUUAUCGCGGAGGAGUUGCCAUCCUAUACGAAGGAUCCCAUAGACGCCGACAAGACGACAUCUGCCACACAACAAGAACCAGCAGCCGUGGCAUCGAUGAGCGCACAAACACCUCAAACCUUCACUGAAGCAUGCCGCAUCUCCCUUUUUUCAAGUCAAAACCGCAAAUACUCAUCCGUCAUGUACCUCCCGACCCAAGCAAACUCUCACAGCGCACCCAGCCACAUGCGCGGCCGUCGUGAAACUAUCUAUAUCAACGCCACCCCGGCCCGCCAACGCUCGCAGUUCUCAGCCGCAAUGCCUAUUUGGCGAUGGCAAUCAUCCCAGGGCGGCCUUCUCUGGGUAUCUCGCCGCUUUCGGGACACCGAAAUGACAGGGCUCGAAACGAAACUCUGCCUUGUUGAUGAUUAUGAUCGGCUUGUGGCGGUGCUGGAUCGCUGGGACGGGCUGCGCUUCUCGUCCCCUGCGGCCGAUUUAUACGGAGGAGGCGGCCUGGGUCGCAAGAGCGUCCUGACUCUGUACGCGGAUCUCGGCGCGCCGCUGCUGGGAGAAGUGCUGGGAAGCCUGUGUGCCCUGGCGGUACAAGUAAAGCGUGUUACAACCGAGAUGAAGAAGGAGCAGGAUGCGAGCAGGCAGAAUGCUUAUUGA